CCUUUUUUAUACAGUAGAACCGCCAAGCGCUGCCCGAUUUUCUGUUGGAGUGUAUUGACUUGCCAUGGUGCUGCUUGAGCCAGAUCCGUUUCUGAGUGAGUUACACAAAAUGUAUGAACGCAAUAAGUCAGGCACUGUGUGGGUCACAAUGAAGAGGACGAAUAUGAAGCCGCGGAAAAGCAAGAAGCCCAACCCGAAGGCCGAAUAUGUAUGCCUCAUCCGAGCAAAUGACGGCAAGCGCCACGUUUCAACAAAAAUCAGCCCAACGCAGUACGCCAAGUUUUCUCAGAGCAUGGUGAUCAUAAUGAAGGGAGCUAUGGCAGACACCCUCAAGCGCAAGGAGAAGAAGAAGGACAAGUAGGCCCUGAAUCUGAAGGGCGUUUUUUCUCUUAGCAGAGUAUGGCUGCACGCUAUACAUGGCGGCGGACCGUUGCUUGGUGGUUAAUAUAUCCAACACCCUGCCGGGAUGGUGGUUUGCUUUCCCCGCUUCCCAGCGGCAUCUGGGUAAUGACACGGACUGAAACGAUUGUGGCCCCACUUCUGAGGUCUCUCUCCAAGAGGGUUUUCAACAUUGCGAAGCUAGCCUUCGCACCCCCUUGUUGGCUUAGAUAGGGGAUGUGGUGGCGUUGUGGGGUUGACACGCAGCGCGUAUGCUGUGUAGGCCAGCCGCAGUACCAUGGUGGAUGGUUGCCCUCAGGGGCAUAUGUUUUUUACGGAUCCUAUUCACGAUGCGCAAUGUGCGCUGCAAGCGCAGCGAUUGAUGCUCAGUCAGGACCAAAGGCUGGCACAAAUAAAUGCCGUACGUGACGCCGUAUGUUGCGAUGGGGUUGACUUGAACCAGGAUGCCGGAUGUGGAGAAGGCGUGGCCGGUAGGGGAGCUCGUGACUUCCGCUGCCGACCUGAAAAUCUAAGGAACAAAAUGCACGAAUUGGCCUGACCUGCGGCGGUUCUUGGGAAGGUCCCAGGGACCUUGAGGGACUCGACAUGUCUCGACAUGGACCCGAAACGGGGACCGGCCAUUCUAAUUUGCUGGUGAUGCUGGUUGCUGCCGUUACGGCGUCGUAUGAAAAUAUCUUUCUCGGCCACAAGAGACGGCCACAAGAUGUAAGUGCCUGUCUCC